AUGGACAUGCAAGACGACCAAGCCGAGCAACAAACACCCACACUCAUGUCACCACCUCGGAGUAAGACUCCACCAACCAUAACCGGCAAGCGACAGCAUAGCGACCGAAAUGCGAGCAGAUCGCUUCGAAGUGGCAGUGAACCGGUCAAUGCGACAGCGUUGAACAAAGCACUACAGCAGGUGGAAGACACAUCAAGACCCCGGUCUAUCACACCCAAUGGCAGCCCGAGUAGGAAACGGCAGAAAGUGCAAGCUGGUGCAGGCGGCGGGAGCGACAGGUUUAUCCCCAAUCGCUCCGGGCAAGAUUUACAUGCAAGCUACAACCUCCUGCACGAGGACGGCUCACCCGCAACGCCGUCUAAAAGCCACAAAAAGGUUCACUCAAGCGAGCUGAAUUUCCAGAGAAGAGAUGCGAACCGGACAUACUCCAGCUUGCUGCGAUCUGAGAUGUUUGACAGCGAAGUGCCUCAAGCUGUACCGCAAUCACAAGAAGGGCCUGGUUCAAGGUCUAAGACACCUCCCAGCAACGGAUCGAUACUAUCAGGACCGAAUUUGACACCUUCGACACCCCACAAAAACCUCUUCUCAUACGGUGCGAACCCGACACAGUCACUCACACCACGAUCAACCUCAAGAAGCGAGCGAGGGCCGAACGUCAAUGCGCGAUCAGAGAUAUACAGCCUUUCGCCUGUGAAGCACUCUUCUCAGACGAUGCUACUGUCUCCGCGAAAGACUCCCAGAGCAGUGAGCAAGGUACCAUAUAAGGUGCUGGACGCACCAGAACUCCAGGACGACUUCUACCUGAACUUGGUGGACUGGGGUCCCAAUGAUAUCCUCGCAGUUGGCCUGUUGGACAGCGUCUACCUGUGGUCACGGGAAACCGGCAUUGUAAAACAGCUCUGCAAGCUCGACAACGAUCCCAUCACGAGUGUGAGCUGGAUACAGCGAGGCUCGCACCUUGCGAUCGGGACAAGCAAAGGGCUGCUCUACAUUUACGACACAGUCGCGGAGCGAAAGCUUCGGAUGAUGGCAGGACACAGCGCUCGGAUAAGCUCUUUGGCGUGGAACGCACACGUCCUGUCGACUGGCUCCCGCGAUCGUUCGAUCCUCCACAGAGACGUGCGGACACCUUCGCCCUACUUCCGGAAACUAACAGGACACAAACAAGAAGUAUGCGGCCUGAAGUGGAACGGUGAAACACAGCAGCUCGCCAGUGGCGGCAAUGACAACAAGAUCUUCGUUUGGGAUCGAAUGGAAGAACGAUGGCAGUACAGGUGGGGUGAGCAAGAAGGUGGGCACAAAGCUGCCGUCAAGGCCAUAGCGUGGAGUCCACAUCAGCGAGGACUGUUGGCUUCAGGAGGUGGUACAGCUGACCGAUGCAUCAAAUUCUGGGACACGCUCUCAGAAGAUCAAGCCACAAGCUCGAACGGCCUCCCGACAAAUCUCCUUCCCAACCAGAGUGACUCUGCCUUGGACCACUCACGGACGCCUUUAUCCGACACCGAACAAUCGAACCCACACCUCAUCCGUUCCCAUGACACCGGCAGUCAAGUCUGUAACUUGCUGUUCUCAACAACGACCUCUGAGAUCGUGAGCACGCAUGGGUACAGCCAGCAUGCCAUCAACAUCUGGAAGUACCCUUCUAUGCAGCAAGUCGUCAGCCUGACCGGUCACACGUAUCGUGUGCUCUACCUCAGCAUGAGUCCUGACGGCUCUACUAUUGUGACAGGGGCUGGUGACGAGACGUUGCGCUUCUGGGAUGUCUUCAGCAAGCGCGAGAAGUCUGGUCGCGGAGGCAUUGUGGGCGAAUGGGGCGUCAUUCGGUAG